CGCCGUCGCUGCCUUCCGCGCGGGGGGCCCGGGCAUCCAGCCGGACCCGCUUCUCUCUCCUCCGCCCGCUGCCGCCGCCGCGUCCUGCUCCCGCCAGCCCGGGGCGCACGGGGCGGGCGCGGAGCCUGCGGGCCACUUGGAGACCGGGAGUCCGAGGCCGGCCCGGCGGCGCCAGCGGAGGGGCAGCGCCCGGCGGGCGGCGGGAGGGGCGCUGGGGGGCUCUCGGCUCCCCCGGGCAGGGGAUCGGGAGGCCCCGGGGCAAAGAGGAUUGGGGCGCGCGGCUGAGGGCAGCUCGCCGAGCCUGGGGGCGCACCUGUUGGUAGCCACCGAAAGUACGUGCCACCCGGGCAACUUCUUUUCCAGGUCUCCUUCCUACUUUGGAAACUGCACGAGCUGCGACAGAAACCAGUAAGCCCUGGGGCCGGAGGCCGGAUUUGUUGAUUUGGAUGACAAAAGAAAAAACUCGCGCUGUAGGGGGUGGUUUAGACCUCAGCUUCUGUUUUCCACUCUCUCCUGCUGGCCACGAGCAAGUUUAGAAAACGGAACAACAAACCGCAGUCUUAACCAGAGCACUCAUUUAAAGGGGUUUGUAGAGGCGAGAAAAAGAGACCCAACCGAGGAAUCCCUUUGGAAGCCCCAGGUAUACUUCUCUGAAGUAAGAUGACUUGUCAAAAACUCUGUCUGGCUUUGUUACACUGGGAAUUUGUUUAUGUGAUAACUGCCUUUAACUUGGCAUAUCCAAUGACUCCCUGGAGAUUUCAGUUGUCUUGCAUGCCAUCAAAUGCAACCUAUGACUUCCUCUUGCCUGCUGGAAUCUCAAAGAACACUUCAAAUUCGAAUGGACAUUAUGAGGCAGUUGAAGCUAGAUUUAAUUCCAGUGGUACCUACUUUUCUAACUUAUCAUCCAAAACAACUUUCCACUGUUGCUUUUGGAGUGAGGAAGAUAAAAACUGCUCUGUACCUGCAGACAACGUUGAAGGGAAGGCAUUUGUUUCAACAGUAAAUUCUUUAGUUUUUCAACAAAUAGGUGCAAACUGGAACAUACAGUGCUGGAUGAAAGGGGACUUGAAAUUAUUCAUCUGUUAUGUGGAGUCAUUAUUUAAGAAUCCAUUCAAGAAUUAUGACCUUAAGGUCCAUCUUUUAUAUGUUCUGCCUGAAGCAUCGGAAGAGUGGCCUCUGGUUCCCCAGAAAGGCACUUUUCAGGUUGCUCAGUGUAACUGCAGUGUUGCUGGGCGCUGUGAAUGCCGAGUGCCUGUGCCAGCAACCAGACUCGACCACACUCUCCUUAUGCAUUUCCAAGUCACAUCUGGUGGAGUAACUUUUCAGUCACCUCUAAUGUCAGUUCAGCCCAUAAAUGUCGUGAAGCCUGAUCCACCGUUAGGUUUGCAUAUGGAAAUUACAGACAGUGGUCAUUUAAAGAUUUCUUGGUCCAGCCCAACACUUUUACCAUUUCAACUUCAAUAUCAAGUGAAAUAUUCAGAGAAUUCUACGAUAAAUAUGAGAGAAGCUGAUGAGAUUGUCUCAGCGACAUCUCUGCUGGUGGGCAGCGUGCUUCCUGGGUCUUCAUAUGAGGUUCAGGUGAGGGGCAAGAGACUGGAUGGGCCAGGAGUCUGGAGUGACUGGAGCACCCCUCUUGUCUUCACCACUCAAGAUGUCAUAUACUUCCCACCUAAAAUUCUGACAAGUGUUGGGUCUAACGCUUCUUUUCACUGCAUCUAUAAAAAUGAAAACGAGAUUGUUUCCUCGAAAAAGAUUGUUUGGUGGAUGAAUUUAGCUGAGAAAAUUCCUCAAAGCCAGUAUAGUGUUGUGGGUGACCGUGUUAGCCAAGUUACUUUUCCCAAUUUGAAUGCCACCAAACCUCGAGGAAAGUUCACCUACGACGCUGUGUACUGCUGCAACGAGCACGAAUGCCACCACCGCUAUGCUGAAUUGUAUGUGAUUGAUGUCAAUAUCAAUAUAUCAUGUGAAACUGACGGGUACUUAACUAAAAUGACUUGCAGAUGGUCAACCAAUGCAAUCCCAUCGCUCACGGGAAGUACUUUGCAGUUGAGGUAUCAUAGGAGCAGCCUUUACUGUUCUGAUGUUCCAUCUGUUCAUCCCAUAUCUGAACCUAAAGAUUGCCAUUUGCAGAGGAAUGGUUUUCAUGAAUGCGUGUUUCAGCCAAUCUUUCUGUUAUCCGGCUACACGAUGUGGAUCCGAAUCAAUCACGCUUUGGGUUCACUGGACUCUGCCCCAGUGUGUGUCGUCCCUGAUUCUGUGGUGAAACCACUGCCUCCAUCUAGUGUGAAAGCAGAAAUUACUGUAAAAAUUGGGUUAUUGAAAAUUUCUUGGGAAAAGCCAGUCUUUCCAGAGAAUAAUCUUCAGUUCCAGAUUCGCUAUGGUUUAAGUGGAAAAGAAGUCCAAUGGAAGACGUAUGAGGUAUAUGAUGCAAGAUCAAAAUCCGCCAGUCUCCUGGUGCCAGACCUGUGUGCGGUCUACGCUGUGCAGGUGCGCUGCAAGAGGCAGGAUGGACUGGGCUAUUGGAGUAACUGGAGCGCUCCAGCCUACACGGUUGUCGUGGAUAUAAAAGCUCCUAUCAGAGGACCUGAAUUUUGGAGAAUAAUUAAUGAAGAUACCACUAAAAAAGAGAAAAAUGUCACCUUACUUUGGAAGCCCCUGAUGAAAAAUGACUCCUUGUGCAGUGUGAGAAGAUAUGUGGUAAGACAUCAUACUUCCCGGAAUGGAAUGUGGUCAGAAGAUGUGGGAAAUCACACUAAAUUCACUUUCCCAUGGACAGAGCAAGCGCACUCGGUUACAGUUCUGGCCGUCAAUUCAAUUGGUGCUUCUCUUACAAAUUUUAAUUUAACAUUCUCAUGGCCUAUGAGCAAAGUCAAUGCCGUGGAGUCACUCCGCGCUUAUCCGUUAAACAGCAGCUGUGUGAUUCUUUCCUGGACGCUAGCAGCCGGUGAUUACAACCUGGUGUCUUUCAUUAUUGAGUGGAAAAUUCUCACUGAAGAUGGCGACAUCAAAUGGCUUAGAGUCCCUUCAUCUGUCAAGAAGUAUUAUAUCCAUGAUCAUUUUAUCCCCAUUGAGAAGUAUCAGAUUGGUCUUUACCCAAUAUUUAUGGAAGGAGUGGGCAAACCGAAGAUAAUCAACAGUUUUACCCAAGGUGAUGUUCGAGUACAGCCCUCCAAGGACAAAGGAGAAGAACAUUUCAGCAAAGGGAUAGCAAGUGCAAAGGCCCUGGGGAGUGAGCAGGCUUGGUGGUUCAGAGAACAGCAAGGAGAUGAUAUUGAAAAACACCAGAAUGAUGCAGGUCUAUAUGUAAUUGUGCCAAUAAUUAUUUCCUCUUCCAUCUUAUUGCUUGGAACAUUGUUAAUAUCACAUCAAAGAAUGAAAAAGCUGUUUUGGGAAGAUGUUCCAAACCCCAAGAAUUGUUCCUGGGCACAAGGACUUAAUUUUCAGAAGAGAGUGGACAUUCUUUGAAGUCUAAUCAUGAUCACUACAGAUGAACCCAAUCUACCAACUUACCAACAUUCUAGAGAGUAUUGGAAGAUUUUUACAUUUUGAAGAAGGGGAGAAAAUAUAAACAAAUUUUGGUUGAACUACUGAGAACUAAAAUAUGGUGGCUUGUGUUGAUUUGGAACUUAAAAUAGAUGGGUGAACUUGGGGUCAAGGUAUCGGUCUGAGUCUAAUUCAGUGCGGAUGUAUGAUUACUCUUCAGGCCACCUAAAGUUUAAAAAGUUAUAUCCGUGAGAUCUGGCUUUUGAGUUAUCAUUCGUCAGGUCAUAAAACAUUGAAAAAUUAUGACUGUUGCUGUUACCACGUAUCUGUUAGGUAUCAUCAAAUAUACAGUAAUGCUAAAGCUAGGUGAAACUGCCACUUCGCCCACAUAGCUUUGCAAAUACAAUGAUUCUAGUUACAGAGUGAAGUGAAAGUAUUCAGUUUAUAUUUUUGUAUCCAAAUUUUUCCAUUUUCCUUUCUUUUGUAGACACUUCAGUCUAUAAACCGGCCCAUUUUGGCAUUCUUUUUAAUGUCUUGUAGCUUUUAUGUAUAUCUAACUUCGGUCAAUCUGGACAUUUCAGUUUUUGAAAGCCAUGAAAAUGGCUUAAGUGCUAACUUCCAUUUCAGUUCAAAGAAAGGCAGAAGUUACAAUUUGUGCUGGUCUCGGGCCAGUGGCAGUUACAGUUCCUAUCAGGAUGACCUGACAUACCCAGGUCAGAUUGCCCAGCUCAGAAAAGCACAUCAGCCUCCAGUUCAGCCCCUUGUAAAACUCUUGCCUAAACUGAUUUGCACUGAACCACCCAAGGCUUCUGGCGGGCAGGGAAGUGGGCAGUGAGGCAAAAAGGGGGACUCUCUGGAGCUUUCACACAUUGCUCACGGUGGAGACGGGACUGUUUUUCCUGAAAAAAUACCACCUGCUAUCUCUAUGCCUUUUGCAUACUGAGUGUGCUAGGUUGCUCACCUUCAAACUAAACCAAAGCAUCUGUUUGAUGAACCCAAAUAAUAUUCAAAUUUAGGCUGUAUAGGGAUCACUCAUAUUUAGAUGUCAUUCAUUGUUUUGUUUGAAUGUAAAAAAAAUGACACUAAGAAUUAGGAAGAGUAUGUCCUUUUCUGCCUCCAUUGACUAUUAACAGAUGUCAUUGGCAUGUAAAAUCUAAGUGUGAAAUUAUGAAAGGAUAUUCUUUAAUUCCUACCAGCUGAAUACAUAUUUAAUAUGUGCUCAGGCUGUUCUAAAAUGUUGAAAAAUUAGAUGCAUUUGGUGAUUGAAAAGAUUUUUUAAUGAAUAUAAUUUUAAUAAAGGUUUGUGACCCACUGAUCAACUAUAUUUCAGUGACAUAUGGGAAUGUGAUUUCCUAUUAAUUAUUAGUGAAAUCUUCCAUCUGAAUGCAUUUGAAGACAUGCAAAAUAUUUGGUAACAAUAAUUAGUUCCAAUUAUGAAGUUUUAGAGAUUGUGAAAUACGUCAAACACAUCAUUAGAAGAACAUGUGUGAGCCUAAUUGCAUGCUAUGAGCUGUGUGUGAAUGUUUUGUUUUCGGAUUGAUAGCACAUAAUUCCUUUAUUUGGUGAUCUUCAUUUAUAAGUUCAUUUAAAUUUUAAGAAAUUCAGUAUAUAUAUAGUAGUGACUCUAAGAAAAAACAAAAUGAGGAACCACAUCAUAAACCUAAUUAUCCAUAUCUAUCAGAAAGAAAAUAGGCACAGAAACAGUUUUCUCCUCAUGUAUGAUGUUCAUAGAGUAGCAGAAAUGGUUAUGUGAAGACGAUAUUUGUCACUGUGCAGUAUUUUAAUGUCUGUAUAAGUCCAUUCCAUUAUUACUGUAUUUAGUGUUUGGUAUAUUUAUUCUUUUACGGUUAUAAUCACCAGUAUAUUUCACUUAAGAGCUCAAAGCUAUGCUAAAUGAAGUAUGUUUUUAUAUGGAAUAUAUUUGCCAUUAUGAAGAAUUGUUGGGUAUAUCGUUAUUUCAGGCAAUAAGCCUGAAUUCAUUCUUUUAGUUUAAAAUUUAUAAAGCUCAAAAGUUCCAUUAUAUGUAUGAUGUACAAAAUUGCACAUGUUGUCUGCAGCACUUCAUUUAGUUAUGUUAAUUUUUGAAUGUGAUGUAUCCAUAGUAUUCUUUAUUUUGCAUUUAUUUUUCAAUAUGUUUACAUUGUAAGAGUUGAGCCUUUUGCACACGGAUUCUUGAUGUGUGGCUGCUUGGCAGGAUUUUUUGUUGUGAUGUAACCACCAUUCUUAUAAAAAAUAUGAUGUGCA